UUUGGUUAUAAUUUUUUUUCUUUUGAAAGAUCAAUAUAUUCCCUUCUUAGUCUAUAUAAACAGUAAGUAUCUUCUUAGCAUUUGCAGCCUAAAACAUAAAGCCCCCACAUAAGAAGACCAAUUUUUGACUACCAAAACCAACAUGGCAACAUCAACAAUGGAUAGUGGAGGAGAUCAUACUAUUGAUAUUGAAUCAUUGGUAAGUAGCUUAGAAAGAAGAUUGUCUGCUAAUCUAGUCAUGUCAUCAAAUUUUAGCAUCUUCAGAAUCCCAACCAUUCUCGCUAGGCAUAACAAAACUUCUUAUGAACCCAAUGCCUUUGCCAUUGGCCCUUUCCACCAUAACAACCCCCUUCUGCAACCCACAGAGAGGAUCAAACAAAAGUACUUGCGUGAUCUUCUUUCUCGUCUUCCGAAUAAUCCAAAUCGUCCUAAUAGCCCUGACACAAUGUUAAUCAGAAAAUUCACCAAAGCCAUUAGUGACAUUCACAGCGAUGCUCGUGGCUACUAUGCUGGAGCAAUUGACAUGAAAGCAAAUGACUUCGUAGAUAUGUUGCUCCUUGAUGGUUGUUUCAUCAUAGAACUGUUUCGUAAGAAUGCAUAUCAAUCUGAUCUCAUCGACAAAGAAGACCCAAUAUUCACCAUGUCUUGCCUACUCCAGUUUCUACACCAUGACCUGAUAUUACUCGAGAACCAAAUACCUUGGCUUGUGCUUGACAUUUUGUUCAACCUCACCAAAACACCCAUAGACCAAAAAUCCCUCGCUCAAUUGGCCAUGGAUUUCUUUCCCAGCCUUUUGAGAAAUAAAGCUCUUCGCUUGGAUUCUUCUAGUGCAGACAUACAAAAAAGUAGACACAUUCUUGAUCUGUAUAGGAAUUCAUUGACUUCCAAAUCUGGCGUGAGACAAGAAAGCAAGCACGAUUGGCAGCAUAUACGUGCAGCUACAGGUCUGAGGGACUCGGGCAUAAAGUUCGAGGUGAACACCACAGCAGAAUCUGUCUUGGACAUUUCAUUUAUCCCAAAAAGAGGUGUCAUGUCGAUUCCACCACUGCUUAUUCAAGAAACCACAGAAACAGUGUUCCGAAACCUCAUCAGUUUGGAGCAGUGCUGCCCUAACUACAAACCUAUAAUCACUUGUUAUGCUGUUCUCUUGGACAACCUUAUCGACACUAGUGCUGAUAUUCAAGUACUUGAGAAGAAUAAGGUCAUUGAUAACUGGUUGAAUGUUGAUGAUGCUACCAAAUUUUUCAACAGACUCUACAUUGAUACUUAUGUCAAGGAAAACUACUAUUAUGAUCUUACGAGUGAAGUAAAUCGUUAUUGUAGAAAACAUUGGCAUAAGUAUCAAAGAAUUCUUAAGCGCGACUAUUUCAAACACCCUUGGGCCUUCAUUUCAGUCAUUGCUGCCUGUGUCGCACUUAUUCUUACCUUCUUACAAACCUUCUAUGCCAUUCAAGAUUCAUAUAAAAAAGAUAAUUAGGCAUAUCAUAUUUUAUAGAGAACGUGAUCUCUUUCUUAUGAUUAAUAAAAUGCUGUUGUGCCAAGGAAUGAUCAAUAUUUACCAUUUUUGUGUUUAUGGUUAUAUUAUCAUGUCAUUUUGUAACAUCUUUAUAAAUAUAUUUUUAUAUAUCUGUGUGAAGAAUAAAAUAAAUUGUCUCCUUUA